AUGGUUGCACUCGGAUCUUGCUUCAGUGAUCUUCUUCCUUCGAGUGGUUUCCUGGUGGUCUUCGGAGUGUGUGUCAAGUCUUUCUCGAAAGCUACUGAGGCGCACUCUCCGCAGGCUAGCAAUCAUUUCGAAAGCCGAUCGUACUCGUACGUUGGUCCUCGAUGGGCUCCUCCUCGAUGGGCCAACAACUUGGGUAUCAGCCCUUAUAUCCUGUUACCGUCAUAA